AUGUCCAAGGCUACUUUUGCAACACUCGCCAUCGGGGCUGGAGGCGGUGCCGCCUUUGCCGCUGGUAUUCGGUCCCCGGCCGUGGUCCCUCCCACGUCGCCCCUCGCCGGCAACGCCCCCGUCAACCCGGCCGGCCUCUUCGAAUACGGCUUCCCCGGGCCCAUCUCCGACGUCGCGACCCGCACCGGCCUCGUCUCCGGCUACGACCGCCGCACCCGCAACCCUCACUGGGUCGUCGAGCACAUCACACCCGAGUCCCUCCGCCGUCGUGAGGGCGACCGCAAGCACUCCAACUUCGCCGAAGAUGAGAGCGUGCCCGCCAAGUUCCGUGCCCUCCUCAAGGACUACUACCGCAGUGGCUUCGACCGCGGCCACCAGGUCCCCGCUGCCGACUGCAAGUGGUCCCAGGCGGCCAUGGACGACACCUUCUACCUUUCCAACAUGUGCCCCCAGGUCGGUGAGGGCUUCAACCGCGACUACUGGGCACAUUUCGAGGACUUCUGCCGUCGCCUGACCAUCAAGUACCCCUCCGUUCGCAUCGUCACCGGUCCCCUCUACCUCCCCAAGUUCGACCCCGUCGACAAGAAGUGGUACGUCAAGUACGAGAUGAUUGGCAACCCACCUUCCGUCGCCGUACCUACCCACUUCUACAAGGUCAUUUUCGCCGAGGAUGGCAAGGCCGGCGGCAACGUCGCCCUCGGCGCCUUCGUCCUUCCCAAUGCUCCCAUCAAUAAUGCCAAGCCCCUCACCGACUUCGAGGUGCCCCUCGAGGUCGUCGAGCGCGCCAGUGGUCUCGAGUUCGCCGCGAAGCUACCUGUCCAACGGAGGCGCCGCCUGUGCGCUGAUGCUACCUGCUCUCUGGUGAUCAGGGAAUAUGCUGACAGGCAGAAGGCCUCCCCCAAGGCAUAA